AUGGCGCCAAUUGUUCCAAAAACUCAUGAAGGCGGUGCACAAACACCUUCAUCACCCGGGCAACACAAGACGUUUACCUUUGAAAUAAAGGAGAAAUUUGUGCGGCAGUCUGUUAUGAUGUCACUAUGGUUUGUCUUCAGUUUUGGAUCUAUUAUAUCAAACAAGUACAUUUUGUCGACAUUAGAUGGUGAUGCUGGCAUCCUUGGGGAGACGCAGAUGGUCUGUUCUGUUAUUUUUGGGGCUCUCAAGAUGUACCUCCCUUGUUGCUUGUUUCAUCGAACCUCUGGCCAUCAUCAAGAUGGACAUAAGUUUCAUUUCUUUCGUAACAUGGCGAUUCUAGGCUGGAUGAGGUAA